AUGAAAAUCAGCUCACGGUGCUUAGUCAUAGGAGCACCUCAGGUAGGUAAGACUAGUUUCAUAUCUCAAUAUCUAUACUCCUACUUGCCUCCAAAUCAUAGUCAGACAAUCCAUCCUAAAGUGUAUAAAUAUACUCUUAGUUUUCCCCCUCCAGCCCUAUGCUUAGAAAUAGAUGAAAUAAUUUUCCUCUCACUCCUCCGUCCUAGAAGAUGCUAAUUAUUUGAAUUUUCGAAGAACUAUAAAUAAUGACUAGAUUUAUAAUACCAGAUAUUUAAAAUAAGUGAAAAUUUUUAUUAUUUUUUAGAAAAUUUUUUACUUUCAAAGUAAUUUCAUUUAAAUUAUCUCAUUUCCUGAAGAGAAGUCAGAAUUGCCUGAUUUUUCAUCAGCAAUCCUACUUUAUGACCCAAAAAAGCCUGAAACUCUUAUGCAUCUCAAAGAAACUUUAGAAAUUCUAAAGUCAAAAACUGAUAAAAUGUUUGGAUGCAUCAUGGUCGCUCUCGUAACAAAAAGGGACAGACUAGGCAAAGGAAAAGCUCUAGCAAAAUCAUUUGGAGUAAAAUUUUUGACAGCCGACAUAAAAAGUCGGGACUCCGUACAAAGGUGCUUUGCUUUUUCUCUAAAAUGGGCAAGAAAAAAUCUCAUUUGGGAAGCCAGAAAAAACGCGCUAGCCCUUAGAGAGUCACUAACUCCCCCCCCUCCGUGAGUGAACAAAACCAUUAGAAAGAUCGCUAUUUUUGCCCAAAAACCCACCCUCCGUGAGUGAACAAAAAUUUUUUAUAUAGAAAAAAAAAUUUUGAUAUAUAAGUGAUAAUUAGCAUAAUGAAAUCUAGAGCUAAUUCUGCUUAAUUUUAAACAAAUUGCGUUUUAAAAAAUAAAUUUUAUAAAUUAAAUUAAUAUUUGCUUUCAAGUUUUUGCGAAUUAAGAUUUUUUUUUAAAUUUUGAAGAAAAAAAAAUUUUAUAAAAUUUAUAUAUAAAUUAUUUUAAAAAAAACAAUUAACCCCCCUCCGUGAGUGAACAACUUUUUUUGUUCACUCACGGAGGGGGGGAGUAAAGAGUUUCAGGCUCGUUUAA